AUGUCUUUGUGCAUGUGGACCCGAGCCAUGGACGUGUAUGCCCGGGUGGCCCGAUCCAUUGAGCCCAAGAAAGAGAAACUGAAGGAAGCUGAGGACGCAAAUGCAGCAGCCGAAGCCAAACUUGAUGCAAAGAAGAAGGAAUUGAAAGCCGUCCAGGACAAUGUGGCCGGUCUUCAGUUGCAGCUGUCCAGAGCCAGGAGCAAAGCUGAAAAAUUGGAACAAGACGCAGAGACUUGCAAGGUGCAGCUGGGAAGAGCCGAGAAGCUGUUGGCUGGCUUGGGCAACGAGUCUGUGCGCUGGGAUGCCGCGAGCAAAAUCUUGGAGAAGAACAUCAAGUUUGUGAUGGGCGACAUUGCGUUGGCUGCCGGCUUCAUCGCCUAUGCUGGACCCUUCACGGCGGAGUUCCGCGCCAGGCUGAUCAGCCAUUGGUUGACCAAUGCCCAGGAGGUGAAUCUAACUGCAGAUCCCAACUGGAAGUGUUCGAACAUCCUUUGUGAGCCAGCGGAGAUCAGAGAAUGGAACAUCAAGUCGCUCCCCACAGAUGACCUCUCUGUGGAGAAUGGCCUGCUCGUCACACGAGGUCGACGCUGGCCCUUGAUGAUCGAUCCCCAAGGGCAAGGCAACCGAUGGAUUCGAAACAUGAAGAAGGACACCGGCUUGGGAAUCAUCAAGCUGUCCACCCCAAACUUCCUCCGCACCGUGGAAAAUUGUAUCCGCGAAGGCAACGCUGUACUUUUGGAGAAUGUUGAGGAGGUUUUAGACCCCUCGCUGGAGCCUGUCUUGCUGAAGCAGGUCUUCAAAAAGGGUGGUCAGUUUCUGCUAAGACUUGGGAGUGAAGAUGUGCCGUACAACGAAGACUUCCGCUUCUUUGUGACCACGAAGAUGGCGAAUCCACACUACCUGCCAGAGAUUUGCAUCAAGGUGACUGUAAUCAACUUCACCGUCACCCUGCUCGGCCUUGAGGACCAGCUGGUUGCGGACGUGGUCAAGAACGAACGGCCUGACUUGGCGGAGCUCAGGGCCAAUUUGGUGGUGCAAAUUGCGGCCGACAAGGCAGAGAUGGAUCGAUUGGAGCAGUUGAUCCUGAAACUGCUCAGCGAGGCGGGAGAUGAUUUGUUGGCCGAUGACACCCUGAUUGUAACCUUGGACCAGUCCAAGAAAACGGGCGACAGUUGUAAGGAACGCAUGGCUUCUGCGGAGGAGAGUAUGAAAGAGAUUGAUGAGGUGACGGAAGUCUUGCGGCCCUGUGCCACCAGGGCUUCCAUCAUUUAUUUCGUGGCGCAGAGCUGA